UUGGCGUCGCCGCACAUCGCCGCAGGUGCGAUACCGUGCCCCGAACCACGCGACCCCGACCCUCCCCCACCCUUGUCCCUGCUCCACAGAUCUAACUCCUCUUUCUUUCUUCUUUCUCUGGUGGCGAGCUCCUUGUGCGGGCGGCAUGGUUGUCACCGACGAGCUCCUUGGGGUGGACUCCAUGUAGCAUGAACGGGGGGUCGACGCCGUCGAGCUCCUUGGGCCAGCACCAUGGUCGUCCACCACUUUCCUUCUCGUCCUCCUCCGGCCACGGUCAUGGCGUACUCGCAGCUCCACGGCAACACGGCCGUGCUACAACCAGUGAUCGGCCAUGCUACAACCGACGACUGGAUGUGUUACAAGGGAGGCGACGGUGAUUUGUGGCGGCGACGUCGGUGCUGCGAUUUUGCUGGAGCCGGCACCAGGAAAGAUACCACCAGCGACGGAUUUGCUACAACCAGUGGGGGUCAUCCCACGGCGGUGGUGACCACGGCCCGACGGUGGUGCUGCAACCAUUGUAAGCUACGCGGUUGUACCAUUUUGAUUCUGCAACCGACGACGAGGAUGGCCGGCUGCCAUCGGAGCUGCGGCCGCCGCACCAGAGCUGCGGCCAUCUCCAUGGGGAGCUGCAACCGUGGGAGCAGGCUGCUGCAUGCAUGAAGCCGGCGACGACAACCGACAGCGACGACGGUGAUCAGCGGUGAGGGCGACGACGGCUACCGGCGACGAGCGCAACAACGACCAGAGAACAUGUGAGUUGUGCUUCGAGGCCGAGGGCAUCGCGCAAUGUUGGUUUGACUUUUCGGUUUGUAUCUAUGCGGGCGAGUGGUGAACGAGGACGAAGAUUAGGUUGUAAUCGAACGGUUGUUUGCAGGCAUAUCGGACGGCUCCGGACAGACCGGCCCAAACAUGGGCCGGUGCACCGGCGCAGAUUAGUGCCCAUACUAUUUGGGGCUUUAUGUGCCAUUCUUAGUACUUCCACAAACCAGCACACCCCCCUCAAUCGCUUCAUUCAUUUAAAGGUUAUCCUUCUUAUUUUUUGGGAAGCUUCCUUCUGGCCCGGUUUUGGAAGCUUGUGAGCCGUAUGUUUUCAUUUCUAUUGUUUUAUCCGGGUUUUUUUAGUUUGUACUUUUUUGUAUUCCUUUUUCUGUUGUCUUUUUCAG